AACCUCCUCGUAGAAUACAUGUUAGCUUCAGGUUCUAAACAGGAGGACGAGGGAUAUAACAGGAUUACCGGGUUUAUUUUUUUCUAACGGCGAUGCAUGCUGUGAAGUCCCCAUAAAAAGAGACAAACGGUGUGAACCUCCCCUCCCUAACAUGGCCAACCCCCUCCGGUCGGAGGUGAUUGCGCUCUACAAGCACUUGUUGUAUCUCGGACGCGACUACCCCAAAGGAGCGACUUAUUUCAAGGAGCGCCUGAAGCACGCCUUCAUGAAGAACAAGGACGAGACGGACCCCGAGAAGAUCAGGACCCUGGUGAAGAGGGGAGACUUCGUCAUCAAGGAGCUUGAGGCGCUCUACUUCUUAAGGAAAUACCGCACCAUGAAACACCGUUACUAUGACGAGCAUAAAAAGUGAUGGACAAUUGGCUUGCGUUCUUAUAAAGUGCGUUCCCAUUAUAUUUAGUACAAGUUAUACUAAGGGACUUAUCUCAACGUUCAACACUUACCGUUUGUUUUCCAAACACCAUAUGCCUUUAGUGUUACCCCAAAUGAUAAUUGAUAGGUCAGGGAAAGAUUACAUCUUCAACCAUGGGUGAAGAUGCUCUCAUACACAACAUGUCCCCCUGGUCACUCUUGCUGCAGCAUAGACAUUAUGAAUCCAUUCCACAUUCACUGUGGGUUACAAUUCCACAAUAACAUCACAGCCAUACUGUAAUUAUAAUUACAAUUCCUUGUAAUUCGUAUUUUCGUUCAGUGCAAAUGCUGAUGCCAACACUAUUAUUAUUUUGAACUUGAUCGAAGGCCUACAGGAUGUACAUUGUUUCAUUGUAGAUACAAUUGUAAAUACAUAGACACAGAUUGGUCCUUCGAUGCCUGUCGCUAUGUAAUGAUAUUUAAAUGUUUGGUGUCCCGUGGUGCAAUAAAUAAUUAUUUUGUAAUUUGCUCAACGAUAUUUAUUCUAUUAACUUAAUGAUUUUUUACACACAUUAUCAGAACUAUCCUUUCGAUGUGAUGUUACUGUCCUAUAACAUCAGGUCGUAACAUGUCCUUUGGUCAAGUCCAGCUCGACGUCAGAAAAAGCCAAGUUAGUGUUUCCCAUCUUCCUCGCUUCGUUCUUUGUGAGGUCAAAGUUUCUCGUUCGGCCAGCAACCUUUGGAAAGAGAGAACACGGUCAGAGAGAUCAGAGGUCAGAUGCAGUUCUGAAAUCCCCAUAGACAUGGUGUCAUGGCUCCCAGAGGUCUGUGGUGGAGGGUUACCUUCUCCUUGAAGAAUCUGAAGAUGUGAUAGCACGUUGUGUCUUCUUUCAUCAGCGUCAGCCGAGAAUCAACGUUCACCUUCCACCCUCCUGUUUCAGUAUAGAAAUGCAAGUCAUGAACAAUUGUCAAACAAAUUCAGUGGCAAUGUAAACCAUUUCUAUUGUUAAUUUAAUCUACUGCAAAUCUGAAUAAAAACAGCACAAUGUAGUCUUUUUAUUAGGC